AUUGAUGUUGGGCACGGACGAGCAGCGGGAAAGUCGGAAACGGAACGGGACCGGUAUGAAGCGUCCGUUCAGUCCAUCGGCUCUGCCGAGCACCGAGCUGGAUAGGAGAGGGUUUGGCAUCGGGUUGGGAGGGCGGAUGGACGGCGAGCCUUGCUGUGACCCUCAGGAUGAAGGCACGGCACUGGAUGAGCAGCCAGCAGGGGGCGCCCUGCCUACUGCACUCCACAGACCCAAGAGGGAGAGGAAGCAGCGGAGCUACACGCUGUGUGAAGUCUGCAACAUCCAACUCAACUCAGCCGCACAGGCCCAGAUCCACUACAAUGGCAAAUCCCACCAGAAGAGACUCAAGCAGAUCAGCAAUGGCAAGAUCCCCAGUAGCACAGGUACGUCGGCCCAGGGCAGCCCCCUCCUGGCUUCCCUGCCUGUCCCAGGACGGCCCUUGCAGCCUCAGUUAGACCUCAAACACUUCCUACCCUUCAGGCUCAAUGGAUCGUCGCCCCUGAGUCUCUUCCCCAACUUCAACACGAUGGACCCGGUCCAGAAGGCUGUGAUCAACCACACAUUCGGUGUCCCUCAGCCCCUCAAGAAGAAACAGAUCAUCUCUUGUAACAUUUGCCACCUGCGCUUUAACUCAACGAACCAGGCGGAGGCCCACUAUAAGGGACACAAGCACGCCCGGAAGCUCAAAGCCAUGGAGGCCCAGAAGAACAGACAGAGGCGAGCCGGGGAGGCCUCGUCGGCGGGACGGGAGAGAGACCGGGACCGGGACCGGGAGAGGGACCGGGAACGAGAUCGGGACAGGAGCAAGACGCCCGCUGCCGCCAUCACGGCUGAGGCAACGCUCCCCGCACUCAUGGACACAAGUCUGAUGGAGGGAACAAGUCUUCAGUCGGAUCUAGAACCAGCUAACCUAGAGGUGAAGCUUGAAGAGAGUCCCAGAAGCUCAGUCAUGCUGACGCCUGUGUCUGAGGAUUCCUCUGUGGAGCUGGCCACUCUGUCCCCUCCGCAGGUCUCCCCAUCCUCCCAGCUCUCUGAGACCGCCUCAGACACCAGUGCGCCUGAGGUCCCGGAGGCCACAGAGGCCCCGGGCCCGGCCACGGAGUCAGGCGCCCAGCUGGACACCUCCAGCACGGACGGGGAGCCCCGCACAGAUGAGGACAAGGACCCCAAGAAGAGCAAGGCUCACCUCCACUGUCCUGUCUGCAAAGUCACAGUCAACUCCACCUCCCAGCUGGAAGCACACAACAGUGGUACAAAGCACAAACUGAUGCUGGAGGGUCAGAGUGUCCAACCUCGGCGCAGGGGAAAAGUGGUGGCAGCGCGUGCAGCUUGCAAGAGCAAGCGGUUGGGCAGCAAAGGCAGCGUGGGCAUGCCCAGCAAGAACUUCCAGUGUGAAGUGUGUGAGAUCUUUGUGAACUCCGAGACCCAGCUGAGCCAGCACAUGAAUAGCAGAAGGCACAAGGACAGACUGGCAGGAAAACCUCCCAAACCCAAAUUCACCCCCCACAGCAAGAGCCAGCCAAGCUCCAGCUUAGCAAACGUUAGAUGGAGUGGCUAUGCAGGCGGGGCUGUGUCUGCCAUGAAGAAAGCGUUCAGCCAGUACAACCUCACCUCCCUCUCCUCGCAGACCAAACUGGCCUUGCAGAAGCAGCUGACCAAGAGCUUGACAACUGGCUUCCUGCCCAGCCCCCUCACCCCGCCAACUCUGUGCACAGUGGCAACUAACCCGCUGGCUCUGCGCCACCCAGUGGGCACCACCACCUUCAUCCAGACCCCCUUCCUGGGCCCUGCACUGUUUCGGCCCGCCCCGGGGCCGUUGCGGGCCACACACACGCCCAUCAUCUUCUCCCCCUACUAAAGACUUGACCCACUUCCCUCUGAGCUCCACCCUCGUCCCUUUACCGAGCCCCUCAGCCCUCCUGUAGUGUGAUCCCACAUGACAAGGGCCACACGCAAACUAUGCAGCCCGCCAGACCCAAGAAGGAAAGUGCACAAGCCCUGGCCGCGGUCGGCCACGCAGCCCGAGAGCAGUUCCUGUCAUGAAGGCCAAGAUCACGUCUCCCCACCAUGCCUUCUGUCUGCUCCUCCUGUCAUGACCGUAGGAGCGGGACAGGCCUCCAAAAGUGACUGGUGCAAGGAGGUCUCUUUUAUAGCCAUUUCAUGGGUCAACAUGGUUUGGAUUAUGGAUAUUAUUGUGUAAUUUAUUAGAGAUCAAACAUAGAGAAGUCUAGAUGUAUGUUUAGUGUGGUUGCCACAAAAUAGGUCCCUUUACUUGAUGCUCUUUUGAAACACUUUUAACUUACUGGUUUUGGGGUUUUACGAAGGGUCAGCAUACCAUAGUCCAUGACAGCACCUGAACCUAAGACAUCCUCCUGUAUCGCUGGACAGGCUGACUGGCCUUUUUGAGAUCCACAAGCUCAAAGCAGUCAAGAUCAUCUGAAGUCAAAUGGAAUCACACUGUAUCUUGGAUAUAGCAGAAAUCAAACAUCAAACAUUCUGGGCAAGUACCCACUCUCAGCUUUUCAAGGAAACAUGUGAAGGUCCUUGUCAUGAGCUUUGUGUGGACCUAUAGCUAUAUCCACGAUGAGGCUCCAUUAGCACAGUGUACACCUCCAGCCCACUCCCAAAAAUUGUUUCCUCGCACUCUCAACUCACAUUAUUGAAUCCCCUCCUCUGUCUCUUUCUCUCUCUUUCUUUCUGAGUCAUAGCUCCUCAUAAUUUCUUUCCUACCCUGUAUCCCCAGGAUUAAGCACUCAUUAAGGGCCUGGAAAGGUCAGCUUGUCAACUUGACUUUGUUUCAAUUUGCAAAUCUGUCUUCAGAAAGAUUUUCAUCUGCACUGCCUAAAUCACACAAUGCAGCUUGAGCGUUUUAUUCUGGGCAAGCUAGCGGCACAAAACACAUUUUUGCCAAAAUGGGUGUUUCACGUCGUGAAAUGCCAUUAGUUCUUUUCCCAUUUAGUUAUUACUGGUCCUUCCCUCCUCCUCCUCCUCCCCCACAACUAUCCUCACCUUAUUGUUGCCCUUAAUUUUCUCUUGCAUUAUCUCAGCACGAGAUGAUGAAGAGCAGGGAAUGCCUCAACCCAGCACACUCACAUGCAGACACAGGCGUAAUGAAAACACAACAGAAAGGAAAAGACUUGAUGAGGUUUCAAAGCCAAAUGGAGCGUUUGGAUGACAGUGGGUGGGAGCACCGCUCCACCAAUACUUGAUUGACAUCCUGUUGUAGCGUCUGCACACCGUGAGGGAGUGAACAAAGCACAGUGCCAUGGCAACCACAUUAAAAGCACCUUAAAACCGAUUUACUUACAGAAGCAAUGAAAAUUGUUUUGAUUUUUAUCUUUUUUUCUUUCUGUUUUGUUCUUUUUUUUUCUAUAGGUGUACAUUUUCGCAAUUUCAUGUCAAUUCCAGUGAGUAUUUUACAAAAAAAAAAAAGAACAAUCAAGUGAGAAUGAUCACAUUAUGGUUUGUCCAUGACUAAGACAAGUCAAGACAUUUAAAGCAAUACAUUCAAUAAGUUCAUGUUUAUGAUGUGUUUUCAGUGUGUUGAUGGCUUUAUCUAUUCUUUACUGUACCCUCCCGUAACAAUGUAUGAUGUACUCCUACCUACACAGCUAAGGGCCAGCUCUAAAUUGUCAGUGAAGAGUCAUUUGGAAUGAUGGGUUGUUGGGAUGGUACUGCCCUUGAUGCUUGGUGCUCUUGGUCAGUCUCCACAUGUUGUGACUCCGGGCUGAACUGCUCCAUUUAUAGUUGCUCUCGCACCGCGGAGAGUGCUUCAGCUCGCCAUGACAUUGCUGUUUCACCUUUCAGUGGAACAGGGGAACUUUUGUAUGACUUUGCGCCGAGCAAACAGCGUUGCGUUCGAGACGGUUGUUCUGGUUAAGUGUCACAAGUGCAACAUCCGAUGUCACAGUGCUGUUCAUGCCUAUGUACCUCCUGCCACCCGACCACUCUCCCCGACACAAACGGACAUUUGGCGAGGUCUUACAAGGACUUGGAGCGAGCACACAUCCACCCUCCUUCAGUGUUUUACCCAGCAGCAACCCAUUCCCACUGCUGUCCACUUAAAUUACAGUAAUGGAGAAAAUCCUAUGCAUUUUUGUUGUGCAAUAUGUAUAGUUGUCUGUGAUGCAGCAACGCCAUCUGUUGUGGAAACCCUGUAAUUGCCAUCAAGUACUAGUGCUUCUCAAAAAGAAAAACAACAACAAAAAAAAAAAAAACUACGAUCCUAUAUUUCUGUCUGAGGCCCCCCCUCCUCCUCCCCCAAAGUCGUUUUUGGGAAUACGAAGCCACCGGGUCUCCUUGCCAUACCAAUGUGAUUCUCCCCAGUCGCACUACUCAGUGAACCAGCCAGCCUUUAAUCUUCACUGUUUGUUUGUUUCUAUCACUCAGUGGGAACUCUGACCUACAGAACUGAAAACAACUUCUUUCUUAAAAUAAAGAAAUCUAGAGAGGGCAAAUUAUAUGUAGAAACCAUAGAGUAACUAUAGAGAUUUUAUCAGAGUUGCUAUUAUCUGUAUCAUGAUGAAUUGCUAUCAUAGAAGAGAGUAGAUUACGUUAUUGUAGGCUCUGUGCAGAAUACAGGGAAAGGAAAAUUGCUUUGCUUGUGUUCUUUUUUUUUCUCUUUGUUUAUUUACAUGGUUUUACCUACAUGUUUUUUUUUUUUUAAGUACAAGAGACAAAAAUAUUUAAAACAAAAUUCU